UGUUCUGUCCUGCAGGACGUGAUGAGGGAUCCGGUGAUAGCAGCGGACGGCCACACUUAUGAGCGGCAGGCGCUGCAGGGCUGGCUGCUCAGUCACAACACCAGCCCCAUUACUAACCAGCCCCUGCCGCACAAGGGCCUCAUUAGUAACCACUGCCUAAGGUCAGCCAUCAUGGAGUGGGCGGCCAAGCAGCCGGCAGCAGCUGCCUGA